GUGAGAUCUCACACGCCAGAACGCAGUUGGAGUCUUCAUUGCCCACUGCAACAAAAAUAUCCCGUGGCAUCGGAACACAUGACCCAGGAAUCGUUUUUUGAAGACAUGAGGCUUGUUUAUUACAACCACAAGCACCACAACUACCCUACUACUGUAUGUCGUUGUUCAAACAGAAAAGGGGAAGGGCAUAACUGGCCGGUGUUUCGCCCACACUACUAGGAAAACGAAACUCAUAAAAACGCCCGUGGGUAGUGAGAAUGCAAGAGAUUUACAUUAGGUUUUCGCUGUGUACACUUCAUGGACUUAGUUUAGCGUGCAUGUGACCUCCCGCCUCCCUCCUCGAAGAUGCAAAGGUUAAGUUGACAGCAGUACGUGCCAGCUGAACAAGACGUUGUGCGUUAUGUCUUGAAUCCGUAGAAAUGUCGACAUCACACUCGAGAGAUGCUCAGCUGCAGCAGUUCAUGCAGAUGUAUGAGCUGAGAGCUGUUUGUAAUGGCUGUACUGAAAAACACUCUCACAUUUCCUACACCAUCAUUGCAACACCUCACCGUUGCUCUCAUGAUGUCCUGCUAGCCAGAGCAAAGGUCAGAGGUUCCAGAUGGAGCCGUGUGUUCCAGCGGCCCACUCACCCACGACCGCAACGAUACGAGGUUUGCUGGUAUUUUCAGGAGGAUGUGGGGUGCCGUAUACAUCGAGACAGAUGCACGUUUGCCAGCAGUCCAGAAGAGGCUGCGGUGUGGAACUUGCAAAAACACACAAAUCUUGAUCACAGAACAAUAAUUCAUCUGAUUACUCAGAGAAAGCGACGGGCUGAGAGCAAGAAAGAAGCUCAGCCGAGUUUUCAGGAGCUUUCUUCAUACCAGGAAAAACUUCUGGAAGAAUACAGAAGCAGCAGCAACGAGAUUCUUGUUAUCUCUGAGCAUGUAGAUGAUGUGCGUGUUACACACGAUGAGAAUCUCAGUAUGGACUGUUUACAAGAGGACAAUGAAAUCAGAUGGAAAUUCACAAUCACCACUGAGAGAUCCUUGGCUCACGUAGCUCUACUAAAAGUGGAAAAUGGUGCUGUUUUCUCUUUGAGUGAUAGUUUAAGAAACACCAUCCCCCCAAUCACACACAUAGCAGGCCACGAGCUUCGUUCCUCUCAGUCCACCUACCAGCUGAGUGUGUCUUUCCUGUCUUUCCACCCUGGUGUGUACGAACAAUGGCUGGUGUUUGAUUUUGACAUGCGACCAGUUCUGCUCAGGAAACUGAAGGUGAGGGUUGGACAGCAGUUCCUUGUCCAGCCUGAAGAGGCAGAAGAGAGUGAAUGUGCUGAGAUUCUUUCCAAUGAGCGCUGGAACAGGGGAAACAGGGUUAUCGUGCCCUUCUUCGCCAGAAAGGAGGAGGACGAGCAGUUGCUCAGUAAAUACAAACCACCUCAACUGAACCUGCAGUUCAAUCCACAUGCAGAUCAUAGUUUGCCACUUCAUCGGGAAAACUACAGAGAGAGGGCUCACCACUUCCUGUUCAGGGAGGAAAUUGCAGAGGAGGAGCUCAUUAGCAGGUUAAAUGUUUGUGGGACUGUGUCUCUCUCUAACCAUUUGAGUGAUGCCAUGUCACUGUUUUACGCUGCUCCAGGAAAGCUCUUUGCCAAUCUAAAGGUGUCCUGCUCACUCACACCGGACUCUCCUGAAGGGGUAGUACUUAAACGAGGGGUGCAGAUGGCUCUGGUGAACUGCAAAUCAACAAAGGCUAGCAUGUCAGCAGAGCACAGAAACCAUGUGUAUGAAGCAUUUGUGAUGAAAGAGACUGUUGGUGAGGGUCACCUUAGUCUCGAGCUCUCUACACAGUGUGUGUCUGAACUAGAGCUGCGAAAAGAAACCACAUGUGAAAUGGAGGUUCAGUUUCAGUUGAAUAGACUGUCAUUCUGUCAGAUACACCAAGCUAUCGACCGCCUACCAGACUUGCACAAUGUUCUGCCUGACUUCAGCAACUGUUGUGUCCCCGUGAAUUUAACCAAACAGUCCCAAUUGAACAACAAACAGCAAAUUGCACUAAACUUCAUUCUUGGAAAGUGUGAGGACGACAAAGUUGCUGCUCCAUUGCUCAUAUAUGGACCGUUUGGCACUGGGAAAACACUCUGUCUGGCCUCGGCAGCCAAAGAGCUGGCCCAUCGUUCUCAAAACAAAGUGCUCAUCUGUACAUAUACUAACAGCUCUGCAGAUUUAUACGUAAGAGAGCACUUCCAUCCAUACAUAAUUAAUGGACACCCAACUCUCAAACUACUCAGGAUAAAGGCAAACAAGGGAGGGUCCGCUAUCAUAGCAACUGAUGACAUCACUCGAAAAUACUGUCUCUGCUCUCGAGAUGGACAGUCGUUCAUCCUCCCAGCACGCUCUGACCUAGAGUCGCAUCGCAUCAUUAUAACCACCACAUCAAUAGCCCGACAUCUCCAUGAGCUGAAACUUCCCAAAGGUUUCUUCACUCAUAUCUUGAUUGAUGAGGCAUCUCAAAUGCUGGAAGGUGAAGCUCUAAUGGCUCUGGGCUUAGCAGACAAACACACUCGAGUGGUUUUAGCAGGAGACCACAUGCAGAUGGCUCCAAAACUUUUCUCUGUAACCGAUGACAAGAGAUCAGAACACACCCUGCUCAAUCGCCUCUUCCACUACUAUCAGGAUCAGAGCAUCAACAUCGCCAAGAAAAGCAGAAUAAUCUUUAACGAGAACUACCGCUCGACCACAGAAAUUGUGGAUUUUGUAUCCACUUACUUCUAUGUGAGUGAUGGGAUCAAGGCCAGAGGAGAUGUGCAUCCACACCCGAGGCUAAAACCCUUGAUUUUUCAUCAUGUCAGAGGAGAAUGCCAUCUGAGUUCCACCAUCACAUCCACAUCAUGGUUAAAUUAUGCUGAGGUCAACAGUGUGGUAAACAUGGUACAAGUGCUUCUGACUGACUGGCCAAUGGAAUGGGGUGAUAAAGACCCAAAGCAGAUUUGUGUUCUAAGUGAAGGCCAACAGGUUGCUGCCAUCAGAAUACAUCUCCGCAGGAAAGGAUUUUAUGGAGUGUCGGUUCAGAAUUUAGCAAACAUUCAAGGAAAACAGUUCAGGGUCAUCAUAAUAACAACAGUCCACACAAGAGACAAACUUCUUCAGUUAGACUCAAGCUGCCCAGAGUUCUUUGAUGAUAUCCGUGCGCUAAACACCGCCUUGACCAGAGCCCAGUCGCUAGUGGUUGUAAUUGGAGAUGCUGGUGCUCUUUGUUGCUUUGGAAAGUGUUCAAAAGUCUGGAGGGCCUACAUAGAACACUGCAUCAGUAAGGGCAGCAUUAAACCAGAUCAUUUCACCAGAGAUGUCCUACAGCGAGAAGUGUUGGAAAUUUCAAAGUUUCAAAAGACAGAAAAUGUUGAAAAGAUUGAGACUGUUGUAAACCUCCAGGCUGAAACUGAUGCUAUAUUGAAAGAGAUGGAGAACUAUGAUUCUGAUGCACAGAAGUCUGAUGAUGACAAUGAACAAAAGAGGCGGAUAUUCACUUCCGCUGAAAAAGAAAACCUUUUGGAGAUGGUCAGGAAUCAGCCUGCUCUCUACAAACGUGGAGAAUUGGUGAUGGAAGGAUAUCAGUCAGGUUAUAUAAUACCAUAUGACAACCCAUCUGAACGCAUUGAUAUUAAAGGGAGGAAAAACAUUGGCAUGUCUUUCCCUGGUGAUGAAGUUGUGGUUGAGAUUAGACGACAUGAUGAAGGGCAUCUCACUGGAAGAGUUUUAGGGCUCACAAAUAGAUCACCAACAUCCUCUGAAUGUGUGUGUUCAUUAGAAGAUGAAAAUUACAAUAGAAAAAAACUGAAUCCUGACCAAAACCUGGUGCCAAAAAUGAUGAUACCCCUCGACCACACAACCACCAAAAUACGCAUUUUGGUAAAGAAAGAGGCUCGCAAAUUAAUUCCUCUGUGGAAAUGUGUCAGUGGCAAUUGGACAAUAACAGGAAGAGUUCCUAUUAAUGAACAAACAAAACAGAACUAUGUUUUUGUCGUGCAGAUAUUGGGCUGGAAAGAACACUGUUCCUUUCCACUUGGUAGAGUUACAGAUAUUCUACCAGUUGGGACAUCUUUAGAGGAGGGUCUUAAGAUUUUAAAAUCAGAAUUCAAACUAAUGUCUCCUCCUCUGAUGCAAGAGAACACGCUUUUAGAAAUCAGAAUUGAUGACAAGAGAAGAAAGGAUUUUACAGGUUUAAAAACCUUUACUGUUGAUCCACCUAACGCUGAAGUCUUAGAUGAUGCCAUCAGCAUCAAUGAUCUUGGAAGCUGCUAUGAAAUAGGAGUUCAUGUUGCAGAUGUAGCUAGUUUUGUGUCUAAGGACAGUUCCAUUGAUGCAUUCGCAAAGGAUAUGGGAGCAACCUUUUAUGCACCUGGAAAAGAACCAGCAUUUAUGUUCCCCAAACAUCUCUCCACCACCUGUUGGAGUCUUCUCCCAGGCAAAGAUCGGAAAGCAAUUUCUUUAAUUGUUGAAGUGGAAAAGCAGUCAGGGGUCAUCACAAAAAAGACCUUUGAUCUCUCUAUGGUCAAAUCUAAAAGGCAGCUGACCUACAAUGAGGCUGAGGAUAUAAUAUGUCAGUGUGAUGGUGAACUAAGAUUUGAUACAUUGGAGGACUGUGUCCGAGUGGCUUACCAUUUUGCCAGAAGCCAGCGCAAAACACGACUUAAAGAAGACUGGAGCUAUGCCCAGCUUAAUAAACACCAGAAGCCAGGGGAGAGAGAAGCACAUCGAAUGAUUGAAGAGUUAAACAUCAUGUUUAACCAUGAAGUGUCAAAAUUUCUGUCAGAGUACACAGACACCAAAUCCUGCACUCCUCUGAGGUGCCAGGAUUCUCCUAAUGCAGAAGCUUUAGAGAAGAUUAGUAAUCAACACAUGGAACUCAUUCCUUUUUCAUCCCACCUGACAUUUCAUUUAGAGAGACAGCGAAUGGACCUGAAUAAUGCAGUUACCUUCACUGUGUAUUCUUUAGGGUCUAGAUAUGUUCACCCAAACAAUAAUCCUAACCCUGAAGCUAACUCCAGCCCUUUAUCAAGCCAACUACGAGAUGCCAUCUCUGUCAGCGAGUCUGAAUUUCAUUUUGAAAUUGGAAUUCACAAGGCAGAUUUUUUAAACUAUGUGUCUGAGGACAAUAUUCAGAACUUGGGAGCACAAUCAGACAUGUGGAAUUUGGCACCAGGCAAAAAACGCUGUGCCAUCUCUUUGAUGCUGAAAGUAGAAAAGAGAAAUGGGAAACUAGUAGAGGAAAAGAUGGUGCUUUCCCGCAUUAGGUCAUGCAAGGCAUUGUCCUACAGUGAGGCUGACAGCAUCAUCAACCAACUUGGAGAAAAAGAGAUGAAAUUUGGCACUCUGGAAGACUGCAUCCUUGUGGUUUGUCGUUUUGCACUUGAUCACAGGACAAAGAGGCUCUCUAGACAGGUGAACAGUUCCAAUCCCUCUGAUCUUGCAUCAUCUGAAGACAGCAAGUGCAGGUUAAUGAUGGAGGAGCUGAAACUGAUGUUUAAAAGAGCUAGUGAUCAAAUUAUUAAUCAACAAACCCAAUUUCCAAACACCUCUCCUGGACUGGUGAAUAGACUUAAGAAAUACAAUGAGAAGUUUGAGUCUCUCCAAGUACUAGAGAAAUGUCUGGAUCCAAACAACGGGCAGAACUGUGGAAGUUUCAUCAUUCUGACAUCUGUGUGGAAAAAGAUCAAAUCAGCAGCUUUGACAUGUGAUUUCUACAAAAUGGCUGACCUCAUUUCUACAGAUGACAUUCAUCCUCAAUUGGUUCCGGCAAUUGUUCAAUUAAGUGCCAGCAUCAACAAAGCCUUCUUCAUUCGUUCUCUCUCCUGCAGAGAAGCUUUAGUUGGGCACUAUUCAUUACAUCUAGACUCUUACACACAUGCAUCUUCACCCAUUCGGCGGUACAUUGAUGUGGUUCUUCAGAGGCUCAUGCAUGCAGUUCUCGGUAAUCGUCCUGUAGAGUACUCUCAGACAGACAUUGAUCUGCUGUGUGAAAAGUGUAAAAGAGGAGAAAAGAGGGCACAGGAGUAUGAGAGCAAAGUUGAGGCACUUCAAAUAGCAGUCAAUCUACAGAAACAAAGCACAUACAAAGUGGCUUUUGUCACCGUUGUUAAACGGGACAGUGAAAGCUUUAAACUGUCAUUUCCAUUUGACAAAGGAACUUUCCCGGAAAAGCUUCCUGUUCAGUACAGAAAUUUACAGCUUGAAGAUCAACCACUAUUUAUCAAAAAGCCAAAACAUGUGAAGCUAACGUGGAAAAAGCGUAUAUACGGAUUGAGCAUGACCCAGAGCCCCCUCCAGAACAUGAAAAUCUCUUCAGAGAUUCAGCAGAGCACUUGGCAAGCUAUUGUUGAGGCUGUGAGAGACGAAAAGUGGGAUGAGGCAAAGUCUCUCGUAUUGGCAGCACAUGUGAAAGAUAACAGCAGGAACAGUGAAUUGUCUGAUACAUCUCGAUGGGAUCCUGAUCGCACAUUUACUUCUGAAGAGGAUCAUUACACUGACUUCCAAAUUAAUCUGAAAGUUGGAGACACUGUCCAGGUACAGCUGACCUCAGAAAGGGACAGAGGCUACUGGGCACCAACUGUACAGUUAUUUAGAUUGAGUUCAAGUUUUGAGAUAUGUGUGGAGCACACUGACAAUCCUAUCAAGUGCUUUUCCAGAAUUGCAGACCAUCCAUCCAAAGGUUCCUACAGUAAUGUAGAGGAAUAUGUGCAGAUAUGGAGGCCCCUCUGUGAAAUGGAGUCUGCUGCAACGGCUGUGGAUGAUAGUGAUUGUGUUGUGAUAGAAAAUGUGGCAAUAACUUGGGACGAUUCCAGACUCUCUGGAAACUUCUCUCUACCUGAAGAGAAUAUCAAGAAAUGGGCAAUUGAAUUUGACCUAGGCAGGUGUCUGCUCUGUAUCCGAAAGAGAGAUCUAGAGCAGAACCAAGCAGAACAGUCAGAGCUGGAUCCAAAAUAUUUUACUUGGGUGGCCCAUGCUGUGACAACACUGUGUUCGGAUUCUCCAGAGAACAGUGGGAAUAAGUUUAAAAUCAUUAACUUUAAUGUAAAAUAUGCAUCCAUGAAAAUCCCAAAAUUUAAAAGGAAUGAGACAUUCACUGUGGAGAUUAUCCCAAAACUUCUUCCAGACAUACGGAAGGAAAGUGCAGUGAAUAAUCUAAAAGGAGCGAAUGAACUUGUUCAGAACAUUGCACUAAAACACCGGAUCGUGAACCAAAGCUCAAAUCAAGAUGUACCGCUAUAUUUGCUCAUGAGAGAGGAAGCACCAGCAGGUCUGCCUCAGCUGAAUGAAAGUCAGUUUAAAGCUUUGGAAAAAGCUCUGAAUGGCAAAUUCACCAUCAUUCAAGGACCACCAGGAACAGGAAAGACUGUUGUAGGAGCAUAUAUCGUGUACUGGUUCUCUCAGCUGAACUCUAGGAAUCUUUGGAGGCUGAAGGACCCGACAGACAAAGACAAGAGAGAGGUUAUUCUGUACUGUGGGCCCUCAAACAAGUCUGUAGAUGUAGUUGCAGAAUACUUGCUCAAGUUUGGAGAGAAGCUGAAGCUACUACGUGUGUAUAGUCGACAGAUGGAGAUGCAGGAGUAUCCCUACCCAGGCAGCAACCUCCAGUUAUCACACAAAUCACGCCAGGAGCGCUCUAAACCUGAGCUCAGAGCUAUAACACUUCAUCACAGGAUUCGAAUGGGACACAAUCCUUAUUCACAAAGAAUAACUGACUUUGAUGACAGAAUUAAGAGUGACCCUUACUCACUGACAGACACAGACAUAGAAGAAUAUAAGAAGCUGCUAAACGAUGCACGUUUGCAUGAACUGGAAAGGCAUGAUAUUAUUCUAUGUACCUGCACGGCUGCUGCCUCCCCAAAUCUCAAAAAGACGCUCAGUGCACGACAGAUCCUCAUCGAUGAGUGUGCAAUGGCAACAGAACCCCAGACGCUUGUCCCAUUGGUCAGCUUCAAACCUGAGAAGGUUGUGCUGUUGGGGGAUCACAAACAGCUGCGCCCGAUCGUGAAGAAUAACCAUGUGCGGAGAUUAGGCAUGACACGCUCUCUGUUUGAACGCUACAUGGACAGAGCAAUAAUGCUUGACACCCAGUACAGAAUGCAUGAAGAGAUCUGCAAAUUCCCAUCAGAGGCAUACUAUAACGAUAUGCUGAAAACUGUUGUGCGUGAACGGACAAGCGUGCUGAAUGCUGAAACUGAGGGAAGAAGACAAAGCAAGCGCAUUCUGUUUGGAGAUAUACGUGGAGAAGAAAUCGGUUUAGUUGUUUCAACUGCACGAGGAAACGAGAACUCAAAAGCUAACUUUGAUGAAGUUAAGAAAGCGGUUGAGAUUUGUAUUCAGCUGGUAACAGUGGGCCGUGUGAGACCAGAGGACAUUGCCAUUCUAUCACCCUAUAAUGCACAGGUGGCUCAGAUCAGAGAGAGACUGUCUGAUUUCGAAUUGAAGGGAUUCACUGUCACCACCAUUACAAAGAGCCAAGGUAGCGAAUGGCAGUAUGUGAUACUGUCAAUAGUUCGUUCCUGUCCCAGUGAUGAGAUUGAACCUAUGCCUUCAAGGGAAUGGCUCUCCAAACACAUUGGUUUUGUGGGCGAUGAAAACCAGAUAAAUGUGGGCAUCACAAGAGCACAAGUCGGCCUGUGCAUUCUGGGUAAUCAAGCAGUACUGAACUGCAGCCCAGCGUGGCAGAAACUACUGAAACAUUAUUCAGGUCAUGGCUGUGUGGUCACUGCAGACCAAAUAACAGUACACAGGGUCCGUUAAAUCAAGUUGGAUUUAUCUUGAAGCGUUUUACAAUCAGUGUGUAAAUAUAUAUUUUUUACAUUUGUAUUUUUAAUAAUCCCUUGCAAAUUUUUAUCAUUCCACCCCUAUUUUAAUGUAGGUACGAUUGGUUUAAUGAACAAACAUAUAUGAAAAUGUAGCCAUUAAUAUAAUUUUCAAUCAAUUUAAACUAUGGCAGCUUGAGAAAUGAAAUUGCAUAUAUUUUGCUACCUAUAUAGUUAUAUGUCGUAUAACUAUACAACGUUUUGUUGAUUGCUUGUUUUUAUUCUUACAUUUCCACAAAAUACAAAGCCACAAAUUGUCUGAAUUGUCUCUUUUUAAGGCAAUGUUUAAGCUGCAGACAAAUCUUUUAAGGCAAACUGACCACUAUUUUUACUUUUGUAAUAAUUUAGCUUUACUUACGUGACAAGGUGUUCAAAACUGAUGCAAGAAGUGCAUCACAUUUUUGAUGUUCCAUAUAGUCACAGCUGACUUCGCUCAGGCAUUUUUUUAAAAUACUGAUGUGUGUCCUGUUAAAAGUAAUGCAAAAAUGUAAAAUCAAAAAUGAGAAUUGACAUACAGUACAUCUAAAAAUUUUUUGUUAUUGUUUUACAAACAUUCACAAACCAAUCUGGAUAAAAGGUGGAUACGAAACAUAUUAUGGCAGUCUAAACAUAGCCUUAAUGUUGCACUGGCUGGUGCUGGUGCCUGAUAUGUCUUUUAUAAUAUACAUAGCAGCUAUUUUCUAAAGGUGCUAUAUGAAAUUCAUGUUGAAAUGAACUUUUAUUUAAUCAUCAACGAUUUGUAUUUGUGUGCAUUUAUAAAUAAAUAAAACAUUUGAGCUGCAAAAUA